AUGGAUCACCCUCCAGCCUGGUCGCUCAAUCAGACCGACAGAGACAUGUGUACCAUAGGCAUCUUCAGCGAACUCGGAUCUUUGAAUGUCCGUUGUGCAAUUUUGCGUCGAAUUAUGAUGUACAUAGGUAAGGUGAAAUGGCAUAUCAAAUGGAUGCAUAAGGAUGACAAAGAGCUGGAGCCUAUCUCCCAUGAGAAUGAAUAUAGAAAGGAAAUAGAUCAAUUGAAUGAGGAGUGUUUCCCUGGAUGGCAACAUCGUCGAAAACCAUUCUGGUGGUUGGAUAACGAUGAUAAGAAAUCUGAGGCAGCCGAUGAAGCCCAUGUGAAGCAUGAGGAGCUAGAUUUAGAUGAGGAUACGACUGAAAAUGGCUCAACUCGAGUGAAAGAAGGAACACCAAGUUCGAUGGGAAAUGACGCUGAGGAAUCAACCUGUUGCGACUCUCCAGAUGGAAGUGUAUCUGAAAAAGACCAUGUUGGCCAACCUAUGAAGCGCGUUAGCGAGUGGACUUGCAGGUUAUGCCUCAAAGAGUUCAAGCCAACCUCAAACUUCCUUCGACAUGUAGCCAAAGACCAUCUAGACAUGCCAUUGUUUCAAUGU